AUGCUUAAGGUUCAUAGAAUCAGCUCUGUUGAGUGGAAGCCCUCAGCCGUCGUGGCUCUAGCCACUAGCGCCGACGGCUCUCAGGUCGCCGCUGCCCGCGCAGAUGGCUCGCUUGAGAUUUGGCUCGUUUCUCCCGGCUCCGUCGGCUGGCACUGUCAGCUUACGAUACACGGGGACCCUAAUUCGAGAGUGUCGUCGUUGGUGUGGUGUAGGUCGGGGCCGAGAGGUGGGCCAUUGGGCCGACUGUUGUCUUCAAGCAUCGAUGGGUCAGUUUCAGAGUGGGAUUUGUUUGAUUUGAGGCAGAAGAAAGUUCUAGAUUCCAUUGGCGUCUCGAUUUGGCAGAUUGCUGCAGAGCCGUGUAAUGAUUUGCUGCUCAGUAGUAGGAAAGAAAUGAAACCUCAUGAGAAUGGUCAAGCCAGUCCUGAAACCACAAGUGAUGUUGAUGAAGUGGAGGGUAGUGAAAGUGAAGAUGAAGAUGACAAUAAAGCUCUACAUGAAAUUCAAAUCCAAGACGAUGAAAAGAGUACCCGUCUGGCUCUGGCUUGUGAUGAUGGCUGUGUGCAAAUCUAUGGUGUGUCGGAUGAAGAAAAGCUUACUUACAUUAGAACGUUGCCAAGGGUCACUGGACGUACCCUAAGUGUAACCUGGAGUCCUGAUUCGAGUAGGAUUUAUUCAGGGAGUAGUGACGGGUUUGUUAGAUGUUGGGAUGUAAAGUCUUUUCAUGAGGUCUACAGAAUAACUGUUGGGCUUGGAGGGCUGGGCAGUGGAAGUGAUUUAUGUAUAUGGUCUUUACUUGCAUUGAGGUAUCAAGUUGUACUGUAUAAACUUUCUAGUGAGAUAGUUGCCUCCGGUGACAGAAAGUUGGCUCCAGACGCUAUUAAGAAAUGGAUAUAUGUUGGUUAUGUGAGAGCUCAUACACAUGAUGUGAGGGCAUUGACUGUGGCUACCCCCAUCUGCCAUGAAGAUCUGCCACCCAAUGAAAAGGUGAAGAGGGCACGAGGUCGCAAGAAGCCCCUUGAAUUCAGUUACCAUAAGUGGGCCCAUUUGAGUGUACCCAUGCUUAUAUCAGCCGGUGAUGACACUAAACUUUAUGCAUAUUCUGUAAAAGAGUUCACCAAGUUUUCGCCACAUGAUAUAUGCCCUGCACCACAGAGAAUGCCAAUGCAACUUGUGCCUAAAACAGUUCUCAAUCCGACUCCAUUGCUUUUGAUCCAGGCUGCCCACUCAUUAGACAUCUGUUAUGUGCAUUUAAAAAGCCAUAGUACAUCCAAUUUUGGUCUUGGAACAGCUGGUGGGAUUGCAAGCACAGAUUUAAUAGCUCGAGUUAAAUGUAAGGUUUCUCAGAAGAUCAUUUGCAGUGCUAUUUCUUCGUCAGGCACUUCAUUUGCCUAUUCCGACCAUGUAAAACCCAGUUUAUUUGAAUUGAGGAGAAAUAAAUCAGGCAAGGGUUCUUGGACUGUAAAUAAAAGGCUGCUGCCUAAGGAAUUGCCAUUUGCUCACUACAUGGUUUUCACUUCUGAUUCUUCACGAUUACUACUAGCUGGGCAUGACAGGAGGAUAUAUAUGGUAGAGGUGGGAAGUACGGAAUUAGUGCAUGCUUUCACUCCUUGCCGCAAAGACGAUGAUCAGACCCUGCCGCCUGGUGAACCUCCCAUCACUAAGAUGUUCACAAGUGCUGAUGGCCAGUGGUUUGCUGCCAUCAACUGUUUUGGAGAUGUGUAUAUUUUCAAUCUCGAGACACUAAGACAACACUGGUUUAUAUCGAGAUUGGAUGGAGCCUCUGUAACUGCUGGUGGUUUUAGUCCACAAAACAGCAAUAUUCUCAUAAUCUCCACCUCUUCAAAUCAGGUGUAUGCAUUAGAUGUGGAGGCUAAGCAGUUGGGAGAGUGGUCCAUGCGCCACACUUUUUCUCUACCGAAAACAUAUCAAGAGUUCCCUGGAGAAGUUAUUGGUCUUUCCUUCCCACCAUCGUCUAAUUCUUCUUCUGUCAUUGUCUAUAGUCCAAGGGCAAUGUGCUUGAUUGAUUUCGGGAUGCCUGUUGAUAAAGAAGACUAUGCUGACCUGGCCAACGAACAGGGACUGACGAGAAAAUUACACAGCAAUGGGGUACUGAAACGUAAACUGCAUGAACUAGAAACCAAAAACGGUGGCCGAAAAAACUUUGAAUUUUGUGCUUUCAGGGAUCCUGUUUUAUACGUGGAACAUCUUUCGAAAAAUUCGCUACUGGUCAUAGACAAGCCAUGGAUAGGAGUUCUUGACACUUUAGAUAUCAAACCUGUGCACAGACAUGUUUUUGGGACUUAAUAAAUUAAUUGCCAGCAGGUUUGGGCUUUUCUUGGCCUAAUAUUCAUUUUUUAUCUCUUGGGUCACUUUGUGUUCACUUGGGGUGGUGUGUGGUGGGUUAAGAUAGGUUGUCUUGGUCAUGUUGUGAUAUCAGAAAUGUAUCCCUUGAUAGUCUUGUUAAACAGUAAUGAUAAUUGUUAUAUUUUUUUUCCUCAAAACGAUACGAAUUAUUUCUUGAGAAGGCUUA